AUGCAAGCAAACAGCCAUAAGGAUCCAGAUGACAAGGCACCCGUGCCUUGUGCUUUCCAAGAACCAAUGACAGCACCUAGGCACAUGCAAGAUGGGUCAACAGAGAUAGCUGAGCAGCUGGAAACAAUUGAUUUGAGUAAGGAUCCUUCUACCCCAAGGCCCAUAUCCAUCAGCGUUCAUUUGACAAGUGAAGAGAAGGAGGCCUUGGUGUCUUUGCUAAAAGAAUUCCGAGAUGUGUUCGCUUGGAGUUACGAGGAAAUGCCCGGCUUAAAUCCAAACCUAGUAAGUCAUACGUUGAAUAUCGAGCUUGGUACAAAGCUUGUUGUGCAGCCAAUGAGGAAUUUUCAUCCUGAAAUUGAAAAGCAAAUCAAGGUGGAAAUUGAAAAGUUGUUAGCUGCUGGAUUCAUCAAGCCAAUCAAGCACCUAACAUGGCUAGCAAAUAUUAUUCCCGUGAAAAAGAAGACCAGAGUAAUUAGAAUAUGCACGGACUACCGAGACCUCAACCAAGCUUGCCCAAAAGAUGAAUUCCCGCUGCCCAACAUGGAUAUCUUGAUCGAUUCAACCUCGGGUCAGGGCUUGCUGUCAUUCAUGGAUGGGUUUAGUGGCUACAAUCAGAUCAAAAUUUCAUCUAAGGAUGCUGAGAAGACUGCCUUUCGGACGCCUUAUGUGAAGUCCAAAACCAGAGAAAGCCAUCAAGAGGUGUUGAGGAGGGUGUUGGAAAGGUGCCGAUUGUACGGGCUGAAGACGAAUCCAAAGAAGUGCGCGUUUGGAGUUUCAUCCGGUAAAUUCUUGGGGUUUCAAGUACACCAGCGUGGUAUAGAUGUGGAUCCCGAAAAGACUAGAGCCAUCAACUCUCUUGCACCGCCUAGAAACCCAAAAGAAUUUAAAAGCUUUAGGGGAAGAUUAUCAUAUAUUCGGCGUUUCAUCCCAGGACUUGCUGCCACGAUGAGUGUGUUUACUCCAUUGCUCAAGAAGGUCAAGCCGUACGAAUGGAGCAAGAAGUGCCAAAAAGCCUAUAAGCAAAUGCAGCAAAUAAUCACCAAGCUGCCCACCAUGAGAGCACACAUUUCGGGACUUCCACUCAAGCUUUAUUAG